CGGCCAGCGCGGGCACCGGGGACCGCUGGGCGCUCGGCCCCGCCGCGCGGGCGCGGCCUGCUGUCGGAGGGAAAAGGGAUGUGGAGCCGAGGCGGGGUCCGCGGGCCGCGCGGGAGGACGGACCGGGAUGCUGCCGCCCCGCGUGCCGACCACACCGCCGGGGCCCGGCCGCCGUUCGCGUCCGCAGCCGGUGCAGCCUCCCGCGCUGCCGCACAUGGAGCCUUCGUCCCCGCGCCUACCUUACAAUGCGAAGACACAGAAAUGAAGUGACAGUGGAACUCCGGAAGAACAAAAGAGACGAGCACUUACUGAAAAAGAGAAAUGUUCCCCAAGAAGAAAGCUUAGAAGAUUCAGAUGUUGAUGCUGAUUUUAAAGCACAAAAUGUAACACUAGAAGCUAUAUUGCAGAACGCCACCAGUGAUAACCCUGUAGUCCAGCUGAGUGCUGUCCAGGCAGCAAGGAAGCUGUUAUCCAGUGACAGAAAUCCACCAAUUGAUGACCUAAUAAAAUCUGGGAUUUUACCGAUUCUAGUCAAGUGUCUAGAAAGGGAUGAUAAUCCUUCAUUGCAGUUUGAAGCUGCUUGGGCACUAACUAAUAUAGCAUCAGGAACUUCUGCACAGACUCAAGCUGUUGUACAGUCUAAUGCAGUGCCACUUUUUCUGCGACUCCUCCAUUCCCCACAUCAGAAUGUUUGUGAACAAGCGGUGUGGGCUUUGGGAAACAUUAUAGGUGAUGGUCCUCAAUGUAGAGAUUAUGUCAUAUCACUGGGAGUUGUCAAACCUCUUCUGUCCUUCAUCAACCCCUCCAUUCCCAUCACCUUCCUUCGGAACGUCACAUGGGUCAUUGUCAAUCUCUGCAGGAAUAAGGACCCCCCACCGCCUAUGGAGACAGUUCAGGAGAUUUUGCCAGCUUUGUGUGUCCUCAUAUACCAUACGGACAUAAAUAUCCUUGUAGACACUGUUUGGGCUCUGUCAUACUUGACAGAUGGAGGAAAUGAGCAGAUACAGAUGGUUAUUGAUUCAGGGGUUGUACCCUUCCUUGUGCCCCUUCUGAGCCACCAGGAAGUGAAAGUUCAAACUGCAGCACUCAGAGCAGUUGGGAACAUAGUGACUGGAACUGAUGAGCAGACCCAGGUGGUUCUCAACUGCGAUGUCCUGUCCCACUUCCCAAACCUCUUGUCACACCCAAAAGAGAAGAUCAAUAAGGAAGCAGUAUGGUUCCUUUCCAAUAUAACAGCAGGCAAUCAGCAGCAAGUUCAAGCUGUGAUAGAUGCUGGGUUAAUCCCCAUGAUUAUUCAUCAGCUUGCUAAGGGGGACUUCGGAACACAAAAGGAAGCUGCUUGGGCAAUUAGCAACUUAACGAUAAGUGGCAGAAAAGAUCAAGUUGAGUACCUUGUACAGCAGAAUGUAAUACCACCAUUCUGUAACUUACUGUCAGUAAAAGACUCUCAAGUCGUUCAGGUGGUUCUGGAUGGUCUAAAGAACAUCCUGAUAAUGGCUGGUGAUGAAGCAAGCACAAUAGCCGAAAUCAUAGAAGAGUGUGGAGGUUUGGAGAAAAUUGAAGUUUUGCAGCAACAUGAAAAUGAAGACAUAUAUAAAUUAGCAUUUGAAAUCAUAGAUCAAUAUUUCUCUGGUGAUGAUAUUGAUGAAGAUCCUAGCCUCAUUCCUGAAGCAACACAAGGAGGUACUUACAACUUUGACCCAACAGCCAACCUCCAAACAAAAGAAUUUAAUUUCUAAGGUCAAUUAAGUGCAGCAUCUUUCAUUCAAUACAAAACACCACCAGAUGGCCACCAAGCGAUAAGACAGCAAGCAGCAGAAGGCUCCCAGCACUCUUGCCUCUUCGUUUUGAUGCUUCUAAAGCAAGCCAUGUCUCAGUCACUUUGCAGUUGCCAAAAGUCACUCUCACAUGGACUGUAAAUGCAUAUGCAUGAUUUCCUAAACUGUUUUAGAAUUCUCCCUAACAAUCUCAACUACCCUGUUUUUCCAUGUCCCCUGGUGCCACAUGCUGACAACUGCGGUCUCCAGUUAGAAUAUUCCAUAGUGGUGGUGUAUCAGCUGCUGGCUGAUGCUCCUUUGGAAAAAGGUGCACUGUGGAUCAAGACACUUUGGUAUGAUGCAUAUUCAUGUUGGAAGACUACAGAGGUGCAGUGAUCUGAGCCUCCAUCAUUGUCCUCCACAAACAUAUUUUCAUAUUCUUAUGUGAAGAAUUAAAGUACAAGCCAAAUGAUUUUCAUUGGUGGACACAUAAAAAAGUAAUAACUUCAAAACAAGAAACUUGGUUAUUGAUUAAAAAGAUAAGUUUUUUAAAACUGUACUUCACCUACCAUUAAUUGAUGUGUUUAUUAUCUGCCUCAGAAGCCAGGGUUGGAGCAAGAGCUUUAGAUAUCAGUGGUAAUGCUUUCGCCAUUAUACCUAAUUGUUGAGAACAGCAAAUCCUAUUUGACCACUCACUUCAGCCUGUGUGUUCCUGCUGUUUUGAAUAAUCAAAUGCUGUGCAUGGUCUCUACCUGAGCUGCAACCUGUUACAGACUUGAACUUCUGUUAAGUUGAAAGCAAGAGUCCCUGACUACAAAAAAAAAAAAAAAAA